GUUAUGGCGGGCCCUUGGAAGGAAAUUUCACAAUGACCAACAAUGGGCAUUCAGUGCAGAUAGACUUACCUCCAACCAUGACCAUCAUCAGAGGGCUUCCUGAUACCUUCACAGCAGUCCAGUUCCACUUUCACUGGGGAGGACUGGACCUGGAAGCCAGCGGAUCUGAACAUACCAUCGAUGGGAUGCGAUACAUUGCUGAACUGCACAUCGUCCACUACAAUUCAGGCAAAUAUUCAAGUUUCGAAGAAGCGAAGGAUAAGCCCAACGGAUUGGCGGUCCUGGCUUUUCUGUAUGAGAGUGGGGAUUUAGAAAAUACUUACUACAGUGGUUUCAUUGCCAGCCUGGCCAAAAUCAAGUAUGCAGGGCAGUCCACUGUGCUCAACACCCUCAACAUCUUGUCCCUGUUGCCUGAAAACCUUUCAAAUUUCUACAGAUACCCAGGCUCCCUUACCACACCCCCUUGUUCAGAGACUGUGAUCUGGACUAUAUUUGACUCACCCAUCAAGCUGUCUCACGCACAGAUUGCGAUGUUGGAGAAUGCUUUACUUGACUGGAAGAACAACACCUUGAGGAAUGAUUACCGCCAUGCCCAGCCCCUCCAUGGCAGGGUGGUUGAAUCGUCUUUCCGCGUCAAGCCUGCUGAAGGCUUUUGCCAACCGGAAACCUUCACUUCGAAACUAGAUGAAGUACGGACCCAGCUUCAGGAAAUGAAGAAGUAUCUCGUGGACGUCAUGGGCAAGUCUGGUGGCAGUUCAGGCCCAUUCCUGGCCUUUUACUUCCCACACGAGAACGUCGGCAGCUACGUUAAGGUCCAACCCCUGCUGGAGAUGGAUUUCAACGCCUUCACGCUUUGCUUCUGGUCCCAGAACCACAACCAAGGGACCCAAACCGUGCUCCACUAUUCCACCCCGGAGAGGGACAAAGAAUUGGUGGCCACUGUGGGCCCAGCUUUGGGCGUGUGGAUCGGUGGUCAAUCUCUGCAUUUUGACCUGGAUCGCGAGUCUACGGCGUGGGUCCAUUACUGCAUUACAUGGGACUCUGCCAGCGGGACUGUGCAUAUGUGGGUCAACGGAGUAGAAGGAACAGGCCAGAAUAUUGAAAAAGGAUACGUCAUCCACAAGGAUGGGACUCUCAUCCUUGGGAAGGAGAAGAACUUUCUGCUUGACGUUUUCUCCAAUGGGUUUUCCGGUUGGCUAAGCCACCUCAACCUCUGGAAUCGUGUCCUCGACCGCUUGGACAUCCAGAAGCUCACCGCCUGCAAGAAUGGAGCUGAGAAGGGGAACGUCAUCGCUUGGGGGGAGACGCCCAUGACUUUGUCCGGUGGAGUGGUUUUGGAGACCAGCAGCAGUUGCAAAUGA